AAUUUGUCGGAAACAUAGAGAAAACAACAGAAUGGAGAGAGCUUUGUCUUUUUAAGGAGUGGAGCGCAGCACAGCGGGGUGGGAGCUGGUGCUCAUCGCGGACGCAUUCCCGAUCCUUCCCAUCGCCCCGCUGUACAGGCUGAUGCAGGAGCUGCUGUAAUAUCCGCUAACUGAAGAGGAGGGAAUAGAAAGGGAUGGACGCGGAGAGGAGAGAGAGGAGGAAAGGCUCCCAUGCAGUAGAUGAAUGACUACUACUAGCUCCCAACCAGCGGCUGAUCUGCUGAAGUGAAGGAUUUUCAAAGAUUGUCUAUUUCUUCAAGGCUGCAGCACAGAGCUCCCUACAUUGAACUGUGUACCAGCACUACUCAGAGAGGGCUCUAUACAGCAGUGAAUAUCCUCUGACUUUGCAGAUGAUCCGUGUGAUCUAGAAGAAGCUUAGAGAUUCAAAACAGGACAGUUGGACUAAACAUUUUAAUCGUCAUCACUAAACUGUGACACUUAUUUUGGAGUAAUUGUGAUUUCUCCUUUGAGGCCUGUUUAACGCAUCCUCUCAUCUCUCCCCGCUUUUCACCAAUCCAAAUCCCUACCUGCUUUUUCAAAGUGAGUGUAGCACGAUACGGCACUAUUUCUGCAUGACCUAGUGCUUGCAUGGGGAUCCAGGAUUGUUUUUGACUUCCAAGUAAGACCCUGAAGCUGUCAGCCAUCUUCUGACUGCCUGCCCGCCCAACUGCAGCAUUUGGGUGUGGAGGGGUAGUUCCAGAAUUAAUCCUCUGGACACUCAAUGAAGAUGACUUAAGUUGGCAGGCCUGAAAGCCCCUUACUCAGAAAGAGAGAACAAGGCUUGGCAGGAACACUAGCACCCACCAAACACACACAAAUGUGGAAGCCGUGGCGGCUUUGAGCCAUGCUGGUGUUGCUACUUGUGGAGCCCUGGAGUACAGGCUAUCAUCAUCCCUAUCAUAAUUCACCAAAGCUGAGGAAGAUUCCACAGCCCGAAGGAAAGAGGCUACACUUCUGAACGAUUCAAAGGAGACUGUGAAACCGUGCUAACACAGAGAAAUCCAGAGCGGCAUCUUCAAUCACACGCACAGACAUUCUAAUACUCCUCUCCACAAAUCCCCGAUACAGGAAAAACAAAGCUGCGGCGGACGUGAAAGGCACAGAGACUGAGCAGGAGCUGUAUCCCAUCAUGGCAGCUGAAAGUCUUGCUGAGCUUCGCGAUUGGCUCUUUCUCCUCCUCCUGGUCCUCACCUUAUUGGCUGAGGUGUUGGAGCUGGCAGCUGCUGCAAUCGCCAUGGAAACGGGCGAAGGAGAUGAGGGCAUUGUUUGUCCCUCCGUGUGCCGAUGUGAUGAGGGCUUUGUCUACUGCAAUGACCGUGGCCUGAGUAUAAUCCCUCCACUGCCAUUAACGGCUGCUAUUCUCUACCUGCAGAGCAACAGGCUGAGCAACGCCGGGCUGCCACAGUCAUUGGAACGCAGCACUUCUAUACGAGUGAUCUACCUAUAUGCCAACCAGUUGGAUGAGUUUCCAAUACACCUUCCACCAUCCUUGACGGAGCUACAUUUGCAAGACAAUAAUAUACGAACGUUACCGCGAUCAGCUUUGUCAAAAUUACCAUUACUAGAACGUUUACACUUGGAUGAUAACUCAAUAUCAACGGUUAGCAUUCAGGAUCGAGCUUUUUCAGGGACCCCAAAGCUUCGACUGCUGUUUUUGUCCCGGAAUCACCUUUCAAGCAUCCCAGCAGGCCUUCCAGCAUCCCUGGAAGAGUUGCGACUGGAUGAUAACAGGAUAAGCACCAUACCAACGCACGCCUUCCGUGGUCUUUCCUCCCUACGACGUCUGGUGUUGGAUGGAAAUCUUCUGGCUAACACGCGCAUCGCAGAUGAUACCUUUUCUCGUCUAUCCAACCUAACAGAGCUGUCACUAGUCAGGAACGCUCUGCAAUCUCCACCAGUCAACCUACCUUCAGCUCACCUGGUACGACUACACUUACAAGAUAACGGGAUGACCCACAUACCAAGGGCAACAUUGGAAGGGAUGAGGCACUUGCAGAGACUGGACCUGUCAGGAAACAAUUUGACCAGUCUGCCUAGAGGAAUUUUGAGAGACACAGAGAGCCUGGAGCUGUUGCUUCUAAGAGGAAACCCCUGGUACUGUGGUUGCAACCUUCGCUGGCUUCAUUCUUGGUUGCAUGGUCGUGGGUCGGCAGUGACUGUCAGAGGCCUCAUCUGUCAGGGGCCUGAGUCUGUACGAGGCCAGACGCUCAGAGAUCUUACAUCAUUAAUGGAGCAGUGUGAAGGACCCCCACCAGCAGGUUCCAGUCCUGGAGAAGUGGUGACCCCAGUCGAGAAAGAUGGAGAAGCAGAAGAUGAUGUUGGGGAGAGUCAAGUUAUCCCCCAUGAAAGCACUACUACUGCACCUCUGUUGGUCUCUACACAAGGUUCUCUCUUCAUUCUGCGACCUAAGCGACCUGGCCUAAUUAUGCCCUUGCCUCCAGGGAAAGGUGGACAAGUAUCUGGAGAGGCCUUAGAAUUGACUGUGAAACCUCUCUCUUCAGACAGUGUCCUUGUGAGUUGGCUGUACCCACAGCCGGCACCCUCCUUUCGUUUGUCAUGGCUAAGAAUGGGAAGCAGUGCAGCUCUUGGCUCAAUGACGGAGACUUUGGUUCCAGGAGAGAGGAGGCAGUAUGUCCUUACCCAGCUAACUCCACGUUCACGUUACCUUAUCUGCCUUGUGCCACUACGACAGGAGGCCUCAUUUGGUGGAUCCAGCAUGGGUUCAUCGCGAGGUGGAAGCUUGGACACAGACAGUAAAGACUCAGCUUCAGCCUGUGCUCAGAUAGAGACUGGAGAUGCCAGCUCUGGAGUGGAGGGUACAGACAAAGACGGACAGGACACUGAGCUAACAGCUUUGCCAUUAGCUGGAAUUAUAGGGGGUGCCACAGCAUUGGUGAGCUUGCUCUUAAUCUUUGCCAUCUUCUGCUGGUAUGGACAGAGGUCGGGUUACAUGUCUGGGGACUCAGGAACAUACAGCAGAGGACGGGGUGGGAAAAAUUAUGAUGAUUAUGUAGAGUCAGGCACCAAGAAAGACACUUCUAUCCUAGAGAUCAGAGCCCCACCUGCAGGGUUUCAGAUGACAGCUAUGGCCCAUCAGUCCCUGCAACCUAAGUUAGAGGAUGUUACAUACAUCCACACAAUUUUUCCUUCCUCCUCCUCCUCUUCCUCCCAAGCUAAUGGGACCUAUAGAAGCAACCAUGGAACUGGCAGUCUCAAUGGAACCAUCCUAAGUCAAGCCAGCCACCAUCAUGUCACUUAUGGUACCAACCGUGGUUACAGAGAGGGUGGCAUCCCUGACAUAGAUUAUGCUUACACGUGAUGAUGCAGGGCACACUGCCUGAGCUACCAGAGCCCUGUUAGCUGGUGGCAUUUUGCCCUUGGUUUCCAAAGUACCCUCUGUGCCUCUGAUGGUUUGAUUCCGAUUGGUUUGCUUAGUAGAUGACAAUGACGGGACAAUGUUAAUGAGCGGCAGAAGCAAGAGUCCCAUUAUACAGUAGGCUCUUCUCUCAGCACUGCUUAUUGUUAUAAAUUGUUAUGUUUUCUCUUUUGGAUAUCUCAAUGUCUUUUAAACCUACUGCUCUUCUCAGCUCAUAACAAUACAUGGUAACUUAUUUGAGGUUGAUAUAUUAGGCUUAGCCGAUUUAGCAGGAUAUAUAUUUAUAAUAUGAGGAAAAGGCACUUGAUGUGAAUAGAGAUAGCACUCAUAUCUUUUCCAACUGUAAACUCUGUGCUGUAAAGAUAAAAUGGAUGAGAGAAAGGAGAAAUCAAUGGUUGUUAGAAUUCACAGAUGACAAUGCAUCAUGGCUGACAUGAAAAGAUGUGUUCCUAGCUCCCUUCUUUCCGAUGGUUUACUCCCUCCCUUUUUAAUUUUUCCAUCUUUCCGCCUGUUUUUUUAGUUUUUUUUUUUUUUCAUUUCCUUUUGGAGCCGAAGCUCCUCUCCUUUUAUUCCUAUCGUAUCUUUUGUGGUGCUGUGAGCAGAGGACGACUUUGUUCUCGCCAAGGGAGCUGACAGCGGUGACAACAGCGCUGACAAAGAUGGGAGACACAAACCACAGCAUGGGUAGACUAAUGAGUGGGAAAGAUAGAGGGAAUGUGUGUGUGUGUGUGUGUGUGUGUGGG